AGGAAAAAAGUGUAUCAAGAAAACUUCUAAAUGUAUAUAUAAUUACCUUUUGUCUAAUCCAUUUCCAAGAAACGGAGUUUGGUAAGAAAAUAAAAGCCCAUCUUGACCAUUUUUCAAAAUACAUUUCCUACCUGAAUAAAUCUAUCUUUCGAUAAGGCAAAAAGUUAGUACAGGUUCAUCAUCUUAAUCCAAUAUUUCGAGAUUAAAAAUUUUGACAAAUAAACUUGAACCCUGUAUAGUUGAAAUGACGGAAAUUAAAUCUGACAAACGUCAGCGAACGUUCAAAAUUUAAAGUGAGGAAAAGUAAUGUAAAGAAACAGGAUGUUGCCAAUGUGGUUGCCCAUAAUCAACAAAUUUUUCGGCGUUGAAAAUUCAAAGAAGGGCAAAAACGACGUUGUUGAAACACCAACUGACAACGAAACUGAGAUACAAGGUAUUGCCGGUAGUAUCGAAGGAGAAAUCAUAAGGAAUAAACGCCAAAUAACUUCGGUUUGUAGAAAAUUGGAACCAAUAGUCUUGGUUCAUGGAGGUGCUGGCAAUAUACCUGAUUAUUUGGUACCAGCAAAAUUGAACUGCGUAAAGAAGGCAGCUAUAGCUGGCUUCAAGGUGCUUAAACAGGGUGGGACAUCGGUGGACGCUGUAGAAACUGCCAUAAGGAUCAUGGAGGAUGACCCUAUAAUGAAUGCUGGUGUAGGAUCAGUGUUAAACUAUGACGGUGAAGUGGAAGCUGAUGCCUGCAUAAUGAUUGGAAAAACCUUGGAGGCUGGAGGUGUGACAGGAGUCAAAGACGUGGCUAAUCCCAUAAGUUUAGCAAAGUUGGUGAUGGAAAAGUCUCCCCACGCACUUUUAGCUGGUGAAGGGGCAAAACAAUUCGCCAUGGAUAAUGAAUUCAAAUUGGAGGAGCCCGGCAGUUUGGUAACAUUGGCCGCCAAAGAAGCCCUGGAGGCCUACAAACAGAAUCCUGAAGAGGACCUUAUCACGGAAAGGACAGAUAUUGAGGAGAAACCAGAGAAAGCCAUUCCGAUGGGAAGUGUUGGAGCUGUCGCCAUGGACAGGGUUGGGCAUAUGGCUGUGGGCCUAUCCACAGGAGGGCUGCUGGGUAAAAUGCCAGGAAGGGUGGGAGAUAGCCCACAAAUUGGCAAAGGAGCGUAUUGCAAUGAUGACCUUGGUGGGGUAGCAGUGACAGGUCACGGUGAAUCAAUAUCAAAAUAUUGCUUGUCCACGAGGAUCCUAAAAGAAUUGGAGCGUGGACAGAAGCCCAUAGAAGCAGUCACCGACACCUUAAACGGGAUGAAAAAGAAGUUCAACAAGGAAGGAGGCGCAGUUUGCAUCGGCUUGAAUGGUGAUGUGGGGGGAGAUGUAGCGGUUUUUUGGACUGCUCGGAGAAUGCCAUGGGCGUAUCAGAAGGGAGAGUGGUUGCAUUUCGGUGCGGAACUUGGGGAGGAAAUCAAAGAAGAAUCUAUUAGAGACAUAUGGCCUAGGACUGAGUCAGUGGGAGCUAUUGCUAUCGAUCGUAAAGGAAAUAUAGCUGUAGGGGCUUCCUCGGGGGGCUGGAACGGAAAAUCGACAGGAAAAUUCAACGAAGCAUGUUCCAUAGGAGGUGGCAUCUACGCAGAUGACGAAUUGGGCGGAGUUUCAUUGACAGGUUAUGGUAAGUUUAUGAUCAGGAUGAUGUUGGCCUUUCAGAUAACGCAGGAGAUGGAGCGUAGGAAUGCUCAAAGAGCAAGCUGGUAUUGGCUGAGAACUCUCUAUUGUAAAUUCAAAGAAACUGGAGGUGGUGUUGGUGUUACAAGAUUAUUUGGAAAACUCCUACCGCAUUGCAAGAACAAGAUGGAACCCAUUAUAUUGGUCCACGGAGGUGCUGGUAAUGUAAGGGAUGCCAGAGUACCCCCAAAACUUGCCGCUACCAAAGCUGCAGCCAACAGAGGCUAUGAAGUACUGAAGAGAGGGGGUUCUGCAGUAGACGCCGUAGAAGAAGCUGUGAGGAUGAUGGAGGAUAACGAAUGCAUGAACUCAGGCCACGGUUCGGUGUUGAACAGCGAGGGUUUGGUGGAGAUGGAUUCGAGCAUAAUGGACGGGUCCAAUAUGGAGGCGGGAAGCGUGGCAGUGGUGAGGGACAUCGCCCACCCCGUCUCGUUGGCCAGGAUGGUCAUGGAUAAGACGCCUUACGUGAUGAUGGCGGGAGAGGGGGCCAUGGGUUUCGCCAAGGAGAUGGGCGUGGAGAUCCUGCCGCCCGGCAGUUUGGUCACCGAGGACGCGAAGAAGGCACUCGAGGUGUUCAAGACGGUCGGAGGUGCUUUCUACGAGAUUGGAGAGGCUGAGAUAGUUGGUGAAGUUGGCACGGUAGGGGCUGUAGCCUUGGAUUUCGAAGGUCACAUAGCUGCAGCUACCUCUACCGGUGGUCUGAAUGGUAAAAAACCUGGAAGGGUUGGCGACACCCCAAUAAUAGGGGGCGGGACGUACGCUACAGACGAUGUGGGUGCAGUGUCGGCAACUGGUAACGGAGAAGCUAUAACCAAAUGGUGCCUUGGAUACAGGAUAAUUGCAGCCAUGGAAAACGGAAAUGACCCCCAAAAGGCUGUAGAAUCUCAUUUAAAUAAGAUGUUCGACAAACUGCAACAAACUGCAGGUGCUAUUUGCAUUUCGAAAGAUGGGAAAGUUGGAAUUGGUAUGACCACAAAAAGGAUGUCUUGGGCGUAUAGAAAAGGAAACAAAUUGGUGUUCGGUAUUGAUAAGGGUAAACAGGAAGUAGAAACGGUCCCACCAGGUGACAGUCAGUGUUCAAUGGGUUAAAAUUAACUCUGACAGUAUUUUGGUACGCCGCUGGUUUCGGUGUACGCAAGGAUGUAUUUGAGUGCAUUGUGAUAAGAUAAAGUAGCACAAUUUAGAAUGUACACAUAAAUAAGGCUGAUUUGCUUGUAAGUAAAUUGUAAUCGCUCAAA